UCCCUUAACCCCCCAGUAACAGCCCGUCCUUUCCUUAAGGUGUUUGCAGUCACUUGAGCAGUUUGUAAAUAGUGGCGUUGUGGCGGUGGCAUAAAGUAAUUUUAUGCAUUUAAUAUUAUUGAAGACUACAUAUAAAUUAUACUUCCAUUUGUUAUCAUGGAUUACUCAAGAUUUAUAUCAACGAAGUCAUCAAACAGAAUGCCAUCAGGAAUCAGUGAGAUGAGUUCAUUUUUAGACGAGCCAUCACCAUCACUCGUGUGGUUGUGCUCAGGGAUGCCCAGCCCAGAAAAGUUCCCAAUCCGGGAGAUGAAUCUUACCUUACAGGAUGGAAAAGUUCUGUCCAUCACUCCAGAGUGUCUGUCUGCUGGCCUCCAGUAUGGGCCCGCCCCAGGAUACAUACCACUGGUGAAGCAACUCAAAACUAUGACAAAGAGUCUACACUCUCCACCACUAUGGGAAGAAAGUGACUUGUUAGUUACAAUUGGCAGUCAGGCGGGUUUGUGGAUGGCCUUUGAAAUGCUUCUCAACCCAGGGGACUUUGUUGUUGUCCAGAAGACCUGCUACUCUGAUGUCCUCUGCAUGUUGACAGCUGUGACACCACAGUACUUGGCUAUAGAAAGUGAUGACGAAGGGCUACAACCUGACUGUCUUCGGACAGCAUUGAAGGAGGUUGUAAAAAAUGGAUCAAAAAAUUUACUGAAGGCUUUGUAUGUGGUCCCCAAUUCCUGCAACCCUACUGGCACUUCUAUGGGUGAGGAGCGGCGUCGGGAGAUAUACGCCAUUGCCCAGGAGUACGAUCUUAUCAUCCUAGAGGAUGACCCUUACUACUUCCUUCAGUAUGAUGAGAAACCCCCGCCCAGUUUCCUAAGUUUGGACACCGAUGGUAGAGUGCUUCGCUUUGACUCCUUCUCCAAGAUAAUCAGCGCAGGACUACGUGUUGGUUAUGUGACAGGACCAGCAAUGCUUCUGGAGAGAUUGAAUAUUCACAUGAUGACCAGUGUGAUUUGUGGGCCCAUGCUCUCUCAGGUGAUAAUAAGUACAUUACUACAAGAGUGGGGAGAAGAUGGCUUUAAGAAGUACGUUGUAAACCUCCACCAAUUCUACCGUGACAAGAGAGAUGUUGCAAUACAAGCCGCUGAGAUUCAUCUUACAGGUUUAUGUGAAUGGAUUGUUCCAAAGGGAGGCAUAUUCUUGUGGUUAAAGGUGCCAAAGGUGGCAGACACUACCUCAAUGUUAGUGAAAAGAGGAGUAAAGAAGAACAUUGUGCUUGUUCCUGGUAAAUACUUCAUGGCGGAUUCCAACAAGCCAUGCCAGUACAUGAGGGCAGCCUUCUCUUGUGCCACUGCAGACCAGUUGAUGAAGGGAUUCAAGAAUCUGGCAGAACUCAUUAGAGAGGAAAUAGCAUUACAGAAUGCUCAAAUCAUUGAUCCAUAGGAACAUCACCAGUACUUUUGAUGUAAUUGAGUCAAGUCAAACAUUACAUCAGAAGCCAACUAGUUGUGCUGCAAAGAUUCAGUUAACAGUCAUCAAGGAGCAGGAUUUACAGUUAUUGUUUUCUUACUGUAUUUUCAUAUAACUUUAGU